AUGGAUAACUACACAAACAUCAGUGACAGUGUAAAAUAUCUUCUACGAAUGAUUGAACAAAAGCUCUACAACUUAUCUCUUAUUACGACAGUUGAAGUCCAGCAAACAUACGAUGUUCCUGUAUUCGUUAUUGUCAUCCUGGCGUUGUUGUACGGUUCAAUUUCAUUAAUAGCAAUAAUUGGAAACGGUUUGGUUAUUUUCGUUAUUGCGAAAGAGAAACGAAUGCAGACAGUGACCAAUGUCCUGAUUGCAAACUUAGCAAUAUCAGAUAUAAUGCUCGGAAUGUUUGCGACUCCCUUUCAAUUUCAACCAGCAUUACAACAGCGGUGGGACUUUCCAACUUGCGUUUGUGCUAUUGCUCCAUUUUUCAAAACGCUAUCCGUCUUCGUGAGCGUUUUGACGCUAACAUUCAUAUCUUUGGACAGAUAUGUUGCAGUUAUAUAUCCGUUGAAGGCUGGAUUUUCCAAAUGUAACGCUGUGUUAUGUUUGUUGUUUGUUUGGGUUACUGCAAUUGCAUCAAGCAUUCCGGAGGCAUACUUCCAUCGGGUGGUUAUGAAGUCAAACAAUGAACUAAUACCGUUUUGUAAAACAGUCUGGCCCUCAGACAAAUUUGGAAGAUACUACUACUUGUAUUUACUAUGCGUUCAAUAUGCUGUUCCAAUCCUCAUGAUAAACUACGCUUACACCAGAAUUUCCUUUAAAAUAUGGGGAACGGAAGCACCUGGUGACACAUUAGACAGAGACAAUGUCCGACAAAGGACUCGUAAAAAGGUGGUAAAAAUGCUUAUCAUUGUGGUCAUAUUAUUUGUUGUGUGCUGGAUGCCCCUUCAGAUAUACAACAUUGUAUCAGAAUGGAAGCCAGAAAUAAAUGACUACGAGUACAUGAACGUUCUUUGGUUAUGUUUUAACUGGCUUGCAAUGAGCAACUCUUGCUACAAUCCGUUUAUCUAUGGUCUCUUGAAUGAGAAGUUUAAGAGGGAAUUUAGAAUCUUGCUGAGACGACCGUGUUGCAUUCGAGAAUGUUCUAAUGGUUCAUUCGUCAACAAUGCGGAUGUGUCGGAUGACACAGGCUCAGGGUCAAAAAGGUUUACACUGACGUUCAGAAACAAUUUAAAUGAAGAAACAGCUUUGUUGAAAGUGCAAAACGAUGUCCUACAAUCAUUAGAUAAGAAAAAUGUUACUGUCUUUGUUAUGCUUGAUCUCUUUGUCGCUUUCGACACCAUCGACCACAAAACCCUUUUAAACCGCCUCGAACAACAGUUUGGCUUUGCUGAAAAACCACUACAGUGGGUACCUUCCUACCUAUCUGACCGCUUCCAAACGGUGAGCAUUGACGGCAAGAGUUGUGAGAGCAUUGACGAAGACAUCAUCAUCUUCGAAGGCAACUGGAACUCCCUUGUUGGUCCAAACGCCUACCGAGACUGUUCAGGGACAGUAGCUGUGGCAAGAGAAGAGGAGAUGAUCACAGGUAGCAAUAAUAAGACUUACAGCACCCUCAAAGUCCUCAUGAAGACCAGUCAACCAAAUGCCACUGUUAUAGCAGACGCUUACGGGACCCUACUGCCUGAGAGUGUUGAAGUCCUGAACAGAUGGACUUAA